UGUGGCAAAUCUGGCAAUGUGGCGCUCUGUUUGACGUGUUUGGUUAGGAUGUAUCCGAUACAUUUAGCAAUCGCAUUUAGUUUAUUUAUAAGUUUUUCAAAUUCUUUAGAACAUAGACGUUUCGAAUAUAAAUAUUCAUUCAAACCGCCUUACUUAGCGCAAAAGGACGGAACCGUUCCCUUUUGGGAGUACGGUGGAAAUGCAAUUGCAAGUUCUGAAAAUGUACGUAUUGCACCUUCUCUGAGAAGUCAAAAAGGAGCGAUAUGGACAAAAUCAAAAACCAACUUCGACUGGUGGAAUGUGGAGAUUGUGUUCAGGAUAACCGGUCGUGGACGUAUAGGAGCCGAUGGUUUAGCCUUCUGGUACACAGAAAGCAAAGGAGCUUAUGAUGGUGAUGUUUUUGGCAGUUCUGACAUGUGGAACGGUUUAGGCAUAUUUUUCGACUCUUUUGACAACGAUAACAAACAUAACAACCCAUAUGUUAUGGCUGUUGUCAACGACGGUACCAAAAAAUUCGAUCAUCAAAACGAUGGUGCCUCCCAAAUGUUAGCCGGUUGUCUGAGAGACUUCCGUAACAAACCUUUUGCAACUAGAGCUCGCAUAGAAUACUUCCAAAACACACUCACUGUACUCUUCCAUAACGGUAUGACAAACAAUGAAGCUGAUUACGACAUGUGUUUGAGAGCUGAAAAUGUUUACUUGCCUAAAAACGGUCAUUUUGGUAUAUCUGCUGCCACUGGUGGCUUAGCCGACGAUCAUGAUGUUUUCCAUUUCUUAACCACAUCCGUGCAUGUUGGUCAAGCACCUGAGGGCUUACCAGGACAACAACUCACCGAAGAAGAACAGUUGAAAUUGUCACAAGAGUACCAGGAAUAUCAACGUAAAUUGGAACAACAAAAAGAAGAAUACCGCAAGGAACAUCCUGAUCACAAUAAAGAGCGAGAACCUGAUAUGGAUGACUGGUUUGAAAGCGAUAAUCAAAGAGAGUUAAGGCAAAUCUUCCAAGGACAAUCUGCUAUGGCUGAUAUCAUGAAAGAUUUAUCAAGAAAAUUAGAUGAAGUAAUCGGCAGACAGGAAAGAACUUUGAGUCUGGUAUCUCAGGGGCAACCCAUGGCUCAGGUUCAAGGGGGUGCUCCAGUUGCUGUAAACGACGGAAUUAGACGCCAUGAAGUAGAUUUAUUAAUGAACAGUAUAAACGCUUUGGUAACAACUAUUCGGGAAGUUCGCAGCAUUGUAGGUGAAGUCCAUGCAAGGAGCGAUGCCAUACUCAGCAACCAAGGACGAGCAUCGUCUGUACAAAAUUCUGGAGGUGGUAUUGCAUAUGAUGUCCAAGCUUUGAUCGGAGAAAUGAGAGACGGUAUGAACACAAUGAAACAAGGCAUGGCUGGAUUGAGUCACAAAAUGGAUAAUAAUCCUUCUGCGCAAGUUCAAUGCCCUACACAAAAUUGUGUAAGUGUAACCAUAUUUUUGGUGGCCGUAGCUGUGCAAUUGGCCCUCAUGCUCGCAUAUUCUUUGUACAAAGAUAGUAAAGAAGCUCAAGCAAAAAAAUUUUACUAAAUACACAAACGGAAGAAAUAGCCAUAUGAAAGACAAGCAUUCCAUUGCGGGGCAGUAAAUGAUCAAAAGUGAGCUAGAUACUCUUUUUUUUUAAAUGUAUAUAAAUACAAUUUUAUAUUUAUUAUUCAAAUACAUAGUGUUCUAUGUGUUAAUUGGGUCUUUGUAGAAAUUUAGCUUGGAAUAGUUU